GUCCGUCCCCAGAGCUGCGUGGUUCUGCCUGUUCUCCCUACGGCUUCGUGGGGAAAGAACUUACAGUUUCUGUUGCUUCGUAUCGCCAUAAAAUCACAGAAUCAGAGAAGGGUUUGGGUCUCAAGGGCCUUUAAAACUCAUCUGGUUCCAACCCUGUGCCAUGGGCAGGGACACCUUCCCCUAGACCAGGUUGCUUAAAGCCUCAUCCAGCCUGGUCUUGUCCACAGAUUCUCUAGGCAACCUGUUCCAGUGCCACACCCCCCACCUCGGAGCAACUGGUCAUGGUCGAGCUAUCAGGAAUCAUUGAUUCAGACUUCUUAGAAAAAUGUGAAAACAAGUGCAAGAUUUUGGGAAUAGAGACAGAGAGGCCCAUUUUACAAGUGGACAGAUAUGUAUUUGCAGGAGAAUAUGAAGAUACCUUGGGAACCUGUGUGGUUUUUGAAGAAAACACAGAGCAAGUAGAUGCAGAAGGCAACCAGAAAGUUCAGCUGAAAUACAAGUGCCACACUGUGAAGAAGUUGAACAUGACACGGACCCUUCUGACAGAAAAGAAGGAAGGUGAAGAGAAUGUUGGUGGAGUAGAGUGGUUGCAGAUCAAGGACAGAGACUUUUCCUACAGCAGGCCUAAUAUGAUUUGCAGUUUUCUGCCUGAAAAGGAUGAUUCUGAGGAGUCAGCUCAGGCCCAAGACAAAUUGACUGAAGAGUCAGAGGGAGAGGGGAGUGGCAAAGGAAAUUCUGACAUGAACUGUGACCUGGAAAAGCAGCACACCUUGGAAACAGAUGCCCCCAUUCCUCUGCCUGGCAGCUCUGCUUCUGGGGCAGAGGAAUCUCCUUCUGGAAAUGCUGCCUUAGAGGAUAUACCUCCAUGAUACUAACUCUGGUCUUUUCAGGAUUUCAUGGAAUUAAUGGGUCAACUUUUAUAGGCCAUGACAUGGUUUCCACCUUAUCUGAAAAAUGAGUAGUGGAAAAACAGACAUUAUGUUCUUGUGCAUUGCUUUUGUGUUUGAAUUAUAGUGGGAGGGGCUUAAGUGUUUUUUUCAAAUUACUGACUGGAAGUGUAAUCCCUACCUCAAAACUGAACAAGUGGAAAUGGUUACAUAAUUAAAAGAAAGUCUUAACUUGGAAAAAUGUUGAUGUAUUGUACACUCUGAAACAUUUUGUAAAAAGAGCAAAACACCAUUGUUUAAAAUAAAGUCCUGAAUUUUUCAA